AUGAUUCUGGUUUGUGGUAAGGGGAAACAAUCACAUGUUGUUACUAGUGGCAAAUGUAACAAGACACAGUCUAGUCCUGGUAGUUGUAACAAGGAGACACAGUCUAGUCAUGGUAGUGGUGGUAGUAGAAUACAAUCUAGUCAUGUUGGUGGUGGUGUUGGUGCAUUGCGGGGGAGUAGUAAUGGGCACGGUGUUGGUAGCUCACAUGCUGAUGACACUAGGUCUCACAGACUUAGUAUCUUACAGACCAUACCCGACCAUCAAGAUUAUGACUCAUACGGUGAUGACGAUGAGUAUGGUAAGGAAGGUGAUGAUGGUGCAGAUGGUGAGGAAGGUGAUGAUGGUGCAGAUGACGACAUCAUUGGGCGUGGCUCAAAUAUCCCUGAUACGCCUCCAACUAAUCCAGCUCAUAGGGAAUUUAUCGAGCGGACUGAUCAAGGGUUUGUGAACUUUUUUUUAUCUUAUACUACAUGGAGCGAAGUUGAUAGUGUCACCCACGAGCGUAUGUUUGGUCGUUUCAAGAGCCUUUAUCAAUGGCCAGAAUCAGAGGAUGCAAAGAUACACGAGGGCUUCCUAAACAUUCUUAAACAAAAUUUCAGGGAGCUAAUGAGGACUGCUAGAAAACGAGCAGCUAAGGCAGCUAAGCAGGCCGGAAAUGUCUUUACAGAAAGGUUUGACAUGUCGAUGCGUGACUAUCCGCCUACAUGGAUCCGUCGAGAGUUAUGGCAUGAGUUGUGCGAUGUAUGGAACAGUGCUGCUUGGCGUAGGAGGUCUGAGAGUGGAAGCACCAAUCGUAACUCUAUGGUGGAUGGUUGCAAGUCCAAGCAUACUGGCGGAUCCAUUAGCAUGGGACAACAUCGCAUGAAGCUGGCGAAGGAGAACAACGGGCAACAACCCACAUGGGAUAAAGUUUAUUGCAUGACACACCUCAAAGCAAGUUCAAAGUUGAGGUUGGUUUCCGGAGAGGAGUCGAGUGGGAGCCAAAAUCUAGAGUUUGUUACCCCUAAGGCUCAAAAAGUAUAUGAAACAUACCACAAUGCAAUGAAGGAUAAAUAUGGUGAUGACCUCAGUUUGCAUCCACUUGGUGAUGUUGGAUUGUGGGAGCAGUGUGCAGGCGGGAGAAAGAAGGGUCGGGUUUUUGGGGUAGGAAACUCGGAUCCAAGUUUCGCGGUGACCGGGACACCAAAUUAUGGCAUGUUCUCUAUGGACUAUGCUCGAUCUCAACAAGAGAUACGGGACUUGCAAACCCGACUCGAUGAGUCCGAAGCCCGCCAUCAACAAGAGUUGGAACAAUUUCGAAAAGAACGUGAGGAAUCCAAAGCACGUCAAGAAACUAUGGAAAAACGUAUGGAAGAACUUUGGAGUAAAUUCAUGCCAAACAAUUAG